UUGAAAGUAGAAAAAUAAAAACGUUGGUCAACAGACAAGUUCCGCGUGUUUUUAAUAAUUUUUAAGAAAUUCUAAGUGAAAAUUAAAUAAAACAAACUGAAAAUCAUAUAAAAAUAAAAGAAAAAUGACAAAUUCGGGUGGAAAUGAAAUAGACAAAAGCCUUAAAGGAAAACAGCGUGAUAGUAGUGUGAUUUUUCGACGCAAUCGUUCUUUGGGCUAUGUAAGCAAUCACAUACCAGCAGUGGUACGCUAUAUACUGAGGCGUAAAGAUAAUUUGAUAACAACCUGCAUAGGACGUUCUUUCCAAGUCUACACCUCUAACCACUUCCGUUUGUUGCAUGUCAGUGGACAGCAUCCCGAUGAAAUUACCGCCUUGGCCACAGAUCGUUUUCAUAUUUAUACGGCCUGUAAUAAAUGGAUUUAUGCCUGGCGUGCUGGCAAGCAUGUAAGACACAUCUAUAAGGGACACACCAAAAAUGUUCAUCUACUUUUGCCCUUUGCUAAGCAUUUGAUAGCGGUGGAUGAGGCUAAUGUGUUAAAAGUUUGGGAUAUUGUAAAAGAAGAAGUGUAUUUGGAGGUUCCUUUUAAUGCAGAUGAAUUUCAAAUUACUGCCAUUGCCCAUCCUCCUACCUAUAUCAAUAAGGUGGUAUUGGGUUCAAAGCAGGGUCAACUAAAGAUCUGGAAUCUUAAGGAUAAUCGUUUAAUUUAUACAUUUACUGGUCAUGCAAGUCGUGUGACCUGUAUUGAACCAGCUCCUGCCAUUGAUGUGGUGGCAGUGGGUCAUCAAGAUGGCACCAUUGUUGUAAUUAAUUUGAAAUUUGAUGAAGUGCUAAUGGAAUUUAAGCAAGAUUGGGGUGCUGUUUCUAAAAUUACCUUCCGCACAGAUGGACCACCAAUUAUGGCAUCAGCUAGUACAAAUGGUUAUAUAGCAUUUUGGAAUUUGGAGGAGAAGAAGAUUGCUAGUCAAUUGCAAGCCCAUGAAGAUUCCGUCACCACCGCCAUUUGUUUGCCAAAUGAACCUUUAAUUCUUACCACUUCCCCUGACAAUUCUAUGAAAUUAUGGAUUUUUGAUUUAUCCGAUGGAGGAGCACGUAUGUUGCGCAUACGUGAAGGACACAAUGCACCUCCCUUAUGUAUACGUUAUCAUGGCAGUAACGGUCGUACUAUAUUAUCCUCAGGAGAGGAUAGUUCUCUUAGAGCUUUUAGCAUUAUAUCAGAAACUUUAAAUAAAAGUUUAGGCAAAGCUAGUUACAAUAAAAAAGCAUCGAAAAAGAAAAAUCGUUUCCAAGAGGACAAUCAUCGCAUGCCACCCAUUAUUGAAUUUACCACCGAAUUGACACGCGAAAAGGAAUGGGACAAUAUUGCAGCCAUUCAUACGGGCACUAUACAAACCACAACCUGGUCAUUUCAUAAAAAUCGUAUGGGUGAACAUCAUUUGAUACCCGAAAAGUUUACCAAUAGAAAUCGUAAAGAUUUUAAGGCAGAAACAACAUGUGUUACCUUGACCCAUUGUGGUAAUUUUGUUAUUAUUGGUUAUUCUAGUGGUGAUGUUGAACGUUUUAAUAUACAAUCGGGUAUUCAUAGAGCUAGUUAUGGUAAUCCUGCUCAUAAGGCUGCCAUACGUGGCGUGGCUUCUGAUAAUCUGAAUCAGGUGGUGGUUACCGGUUGUAGUGAUGGUUUAUUGAAAUUUUGGCACUUUAAGGAAAAUGCUGAUAAACCUCUAGCUCGCAUACAGUUUAAAGAUGGUAUUUCCCUAAUACGUUGUCAUCGAGAAAGUGCCAUGAUUGCUGUAGCACUAGUUGACUUCACCAUACUUGUUAUUGAUUUGGACACCAAAGUAGUGAUACGUAAAUUUCAGGGUCAUUCGGCCAAAAUCAAUGAUGUUACUUUUAGCCCCGACAGUCGUUGGCUGAUAUCAGCCUCUAUGGAUGCUACCAUUAAAAUUUGGGAUAUACCCUCUUCAUAUAUGAUUGAUCAUUUUAGAGUAGAAAAACCUUGUGUUUCUCUAACAAUGUCACCAACUGGAGAUUUUCUAGCCACAGCCCAUGUCAAUAAUUUGGGUAUUUAUUUGUGGGCCAAUAAGAUGUUAUUCAGUCAAAUUUCUCUGCGUUCCAUUAAUCCCAAAGCUGAGGCUCCCUAUGUGGGUUUACCAUCAAAUGUGGCUGAUCAAUUGAACUUGGAAGAAGCUGUAGAUGAACUUUCUAUGGAUGUUGAUGAUGAAGUGGAGGAAUUGGGCGAAGAGAUUGCUUUGAAAUAUGAAACACCUGAACAGUUAUCUAAGGAAUUGAUUACCAUGUCAGGUGUGGCAGCAUCUAGAUGGCAAAAUCUUUUAGAUUUAGAUAUCAUCAAAAAACGCAACAAACCCAAGGCACCACCCAAAGUACCCAAGCAAGCACCCUUCUUCCUGCCCACAGUGGCAGGUUUAGAAAUGAAAUUUGAUGUUAUCAACGCUAAAUCAGAUGAUGAAGAUUUGGAGUCGCGUGUUUUGCAAGCAACAUCUCUCAAUAAUCUAACAAAUUUCGGCAAAUUAUUAGAAGCUACCUCAUCGAGUCAAAACUAUGAAAAAUGCGUACAACAUCUCAAACAAUUAGGACCCUCAAUGAUUGACUUCGAGGUAAAAUCUUUACAUCCCAUAGGUGGUGGCACUGUCAAGGCCAUGGUAGAGUUCUUGAAAACCUUGAAAUACAUGUUUGAAUCUAAUCAAAAUUUCGAAUUAGCUCAAUCAUAUUUAAGUGUAUUUUUACGUUCACAUGGUUUAAAUUUAGUUGAAAUACCUGAAGUAAUGGAGACUUUAGAAGAAUUGUCUAAAGUACAAGAAAGUUCAUGGAGACAAGUGGAAGAAAAACUCAUGUAUGGCAUGGGUGUGGUAGCAGCCUUAAGAAAUUUUGUACAUUAAGUGUGUAAUAGUUUUAUGAAAAAAAUCAAGUUUAUCUAAAUGUU